AAUUUUUCAAUUUUUUUAAAAAGUUCUUUCUUUACCACUAAAAACUGAUUUGGGUGAAAUGAGCAAAGCCAUAGUGUCAUAGUGUAAUACUCUAUACUCUCUGAUAGCCCAUAGCUCGUUCUUCGUUGGAGCGCAAAAAUGCUGCCACUCCCUGUCCUCUUCCUUAUUCUCGUCAUCCUCUACAUCGUCAAAUUCGCCAUUGUUGAUGCUGAUUUCACCCUCCGUUCGAAGAAACUUAAGCGCAAGGAAUUCGAAGAUAAGGUUGUUUGGAUCACUGGAGCCAGCCGCGGAAUCGGGGAGGUGCUUGCUAAACAGUUUGCAAGCUUAGGAGCAAAGCUUAUAUUGUCUGCACGAAAUGAAGCUGAAUUGGAGCGGGUAAAAAACCAACUCAGUGGUAAGCAUGCCCCACAUGAUGUCAAAAUUUUACCUCUUGAUUUGGCGUCUGGAGAAGAAUCUCUCAGGGAGGCUGUAGAAAAGGCAGAAGCCUUCUUCCCUGGCGGUGUUGAUUAUAUGAUUCAUAAUGCUGCAUAUGAACGUCCUAAAUCUGCAGCUCUGGAUGUUCCUGAAGAAAGUCUUAAGGCUACAUUCGAGGUAAAUGUUUUUGGGACAAUAUCUCUGACCAAGCUACUUGCUCCCUACAUGCUGAAGAGGGGGAGGGGUCAUUUUGUAGUGAUGAGUAGUGCUGCAGGGAAGACACCUGCACCAGGUCAAGCCAUGUAUUGUGCUUCUAAGUUUGCCUUGAAUGGGUACUUCCAUUGCUUGCGCUCAGAGCUCUUUCAAAAGGGAAUCAAGGUCACUGUUGUUUGCCCUGGUCCAAUAGAGACAUCAACUAACGCUGAAGCAGGAAGUUCAGGGCAAGCAAAGUCCAUCGAGAAGCGUGUCUCUGCUGAAAGGUGUGCUCAACUGACCAUAAUUGCUGCUAGUCAUGGUCUGAAGGAAGUUUGGAUAUCUUAUCAACCCGUGCUAGGAGUGAUGUAUUUGGUGCAGUACAUGCCAACAAUUGGCUUUUGGCUCAUGGAUAAGAUCGGUGAAAAACGAGUUGAAACCGCUGCACAAAAGGGGAAUACCUAUUCAUUAAGAUUAUUGUUUGGCAAGUCAAAGAGGGAAUGAUUUUUUUUUUAAACUGAAUCUGCACCAUCAACUGCUGGGGCUCCGGAAAAGGAGUAGAAUCGCUUUGAAAAUUACGAGAUUGGUUUGCUUAUCUUGGUUCAAUGUUAGAACACUUCAGUUAUGCAGGUGUGGUUUGAACUGUAAAAAUAUACUGAUGUACUUCAUCAGUAUCUCUAUUUUGUAAAGUAGACAGUGAAUUUCUACAAUUUAACCCGCAAAUGUAAUGGUUGCGGAAAGAUGGCCAGCAUAUCUGAUGGCCGGGCCGUGCACAUCAAGUGUCCUCGGAUAGUCGGAUGACAUAGUUGAAUCUCAAGACUACCACUAGUAAAAGACUGGCCAUUGGGAUUUUAGCCAUUGUGAUAGGUAUGAAAGGCAAGAACUUAGUUAAUUCAAGUUGGUUUAGUUGUCAAGGAUCUACAACUUUCCGAGUAUUGAAGUUACAUGUAAAGCUCCGUUCUAUUGGACUUAUUUUGACUGAACUUAUAUUAUCUGAACUUAUUUUAUUUGAAAUAAACUUAUUUUGUCAGAAAUAAA